AUGUCAGAAAAUCAGACAUGGAUCACAGAAUUCAUUCUCCUGGGAUUCUCACUCAACCCAAAGAUACGGAUGUUCCUCUUUGAGCUCUUCUCCCUGUUCUACACCUUCACUUUGCUGGGGAACGGGGUCAUCCUGGGCCUCAUCUGGCUGGACUCUCGACUGCACACACCCAUGUACUUCUUCCUCUCACACUUGGCCAUUGUUGAUGUUUCAUAUGCUUCAAACAAUGUCCCGAAGAUGUUGGCAAACCUUCUGAACAAGAAAAAAACUAUCUCUUUCAUCCCAUGCAUAAUGCAGACCUUUUUAUAUAUGGCUUUUGCUCACACUGAGUGUCUCAUCUUGGUAAUAAUGUCCUAUGAUCGGUACGUGGCGAUCUGCCACGCGCUACGUUACUCUGUCAUCAUGAGCUGGAGAGUGUGCAUUGUUCAGGCCGUCACUUCCUGGGCAUGUGGCUCCCUCCUGGCCAUGGUCCAUGUUGUUCUCCUUCUGAGACUGCCCUUCUGUGGGCCUCAUGAAAUCAACCACUUCUUCUGUGAAAUCCUGUCUGUCCUCAAGCUGGCCUGUGCUGACGCCAGGCUCAACCAAGUUGUCAUCUUUGCUGCUUCUGUGUUUAUCUUAGUUGGGCCCCUCUGCUUGGUGCUGGUCUCCUACACACGCAUCCUGUUUGCCAUCCUCAGGAUCCAGUCUGGGGAGGGCCGCAGAAAGGCCUUCUCCACCUGCUCCUCCCACCUCUGCGUGCUCGGGCUCUUCUUUGGCAGCGCCAUCGUCAUGUACAUGGCCCCUAAAUCCCGCCAUCCUGAGGAGCAGCAGAAGAUCCUUUCCCUGUUUUAUAGUCUCUUCAACCCUAUGCUGAACCCGCUGAUCUACAGCCUGAGGAACGCAGAGGUCAAGGGGGCCCUGAGGAGAGUGCUGUGGAAGGAGAGAUCAAUGUGA